AAAUAGUUUAAAUAGUCUCGGUUAAAUUUUCAUUCAAGAAAAUUUAGUUUUAUUUAUAUUGUUCUAAUCUUAACAUCGUAUUAAGAGAGCCAAUUAAUACUAAAAAAUUACAAACUAAGAAUAAUGCAUAGAAUAAUCGUUGCAAUAAUAGCGUUUUUAAUUAUAAUUCAAACCGCAAAUGCUGGUUACACCAGCGAGGAAACGGAUGAAAAAUCAAAAUCAUUAUAUAGCGCAGUGACUUCUAUAUUGGGUACUACAGAUAGUAGUAAACAUCACCAUAAACAUACUUAUGAUAGUCCGGCCUGUGCUAGUGGUGGAUGUUCUGCCACUUUAAGCCCAUGUUACAGUUCGACUGGUUGUACACAACCAACAGGUCAGAAGGGCUAUAGCAGCGGUAUUGGUUAUAUGGCCAACCCACAUACAAAUGUUGCUUCUUUUGGACAUGUAACUCCUCAAUCAUUUCAAACAGGGUCUCAUGGCUCUCAACUACCAUAUCAAACGACUUCGGACUCAUAUAUACCUACCGGUUAUAUUCAACCAGGUUCAUCAAAUGGAUCACCAGUUUCACAUCAGGGAGGCUACCCUUCUAAUGGAUCGCCAUUUUCACAUCAGGCUAGCUAUCCUUCUGCCGGUUAUCCUCAACCUACUUCAGUUGGGCCAUAUCCCUAUUGGAAUAAUAAUCCUAAUCCUAGUCAUUAUGGUUAUCAAGGACCACGCGGAUAUAGUGUUUAUGAUCAUUCGCUCAAAACAAAUUCCGAAUAUACAGAGACUGGCACUCAUACAGGACCUUUACAGCAUGGCAAUAAUGGUUAUGGCACUGGUUAUGGGGGCAGUUACAAUGGACUUUUUAAUAGACCAGGAUUUUAAAGGAUUGCAAAUAUAAGUUGGUCAAAAAUAAAUUAUAAAUAAAUAACUAUACAACAUAAAUAUACAAGCGCCCAUAUAAAUGUCCUCCUCGAAUACAUGAAUAUGUCAAUUUGUGACAAGCACGAUAAAUUUUUGCAAACGUUUCUUUAAAUUACUAGGUGAAGUAUGGGAAAUAUACUCAAAAUACUUUAAAAUAAUAAAAAUUAAUAAAACAUUUAA